AUGGCGCGAGGUGACGACGACGACCGGGUGGUGGAUCGCGAUGAACACGAGAACGUGUCGUUUGAGGUGUCCAAGGGAAUCGCGAGACACGCGACGUUCGAUGCGAUGGGAAUUCGUGAGGAUUUGUUGAGAGGUUUGUACUCGUACGGGUUUGAAAAGCCGAGCGCGAUUCAACAGCGCGCGGUGGUGCCGAUCAUUUCGGGUAGAGAUGUGAUCGCGCAGGCGCAGAGUGGAACGGGGAAGACGUCUAUGAUUUCGCUGGCGCUGUGUCAGAUGCUGGACACGACGUCGAGGGAGGUGCAGGGGUUGGUGCUGUCGCCGACGAGAGAGUUGGCGGUGCAGACGGAGAAGACGGCGCUCGCGCUCGGGAACUUUAUGAACGUGCAAGUGCACGCGUGCAUCGGGGGUAGGUCGAUCGGUGAGGACAUCAGAAAGCUAGAUUACGGCUGUCACAUCGUGAGCGGGACGCCGGGGCGUGUUUUCGACAUGAUCAAGAGGCGUAACUUGCGAACGCGCGGGAUAAAGAUUUUGGUCCUGGACGAGGCGGACGAAAUGUUGAACAAGGGGUUCAAGGAACAAAUUUACGACGUGUACAGAUACCUUCCGCCGGAGACGCAGGUGGUCCUAGUGAGUGCCACGCUACCGAAUGAGGUUUUGGAGAUGACCGGGAAGUUCAUGACUGAUCCGCUGCGCAUCUUGGUGAAGAGAGACGAGCUCACGCUAGAGGGUAUCAAGCAGUUUUUUGUCGCCGUCGAGCGCGAGGAGUGGAAAUUCGAUACUCUGUGCGACUUGUACGAUACCCUGACCAUCACCCAGGCUGUGAUCUUCUGCAACACGAAGAAGAAAGUGGAUUGGCUGACAGAGAAGAUGCGUCAAAACAACUUUACUGUCUCUGCGAUGCACGGCGACAUGCCUCAAAAGGAGCGCGAAGAGAUCAUGAAUGAAUUCCGCGGCGGAACCACGCGCGUGUUGAUAACCACCGACAUGUGGGCGCGCGGUAUCGAUGUUCAGCAAGUAUCCUUGGUGAUCAACUACGAUUUGCCGGGAAAUCGUGAAAACUACAUUCAUAGAAUCGGUCGCUCGGGUCGUUAUGGUCGCAAGGGUGUGGCCAUCAAUUUCGUGAAGGAGGAGGACGUCCGAGCGUUGCGCGACAUCGAGCAAUAUUAUUCCACGCAAAUUGAUGAGAUGCCGAUGAACGUGGCUGAUAUGAUUUAG